AUGUCAAAAGAAAAUACUAAUUUGCGUCUUCUAGGUUCGCCAGUUAAUCUUUCCUAUAGAAGUAAAAGAAAAGACGACAAAAAGAAUAUACGGAAUCGACCGCGAUCUGCUCUUCAAAAUUCUUGUUACACACCGGACUGUCAGGACCGAUUUAAAAGACCAUUUUCUGCAGAUACAAAAGAAAGGAUACCACCUACACAAAGCUUUCUGAAAAGUUACAGUGAAGACUUACUCCAAACAUAUAACAAUGGUCGUCGGAUAUCCCCUAAAAAAGUUGCUUCGCCAACAGCUGAAUUACUUGGGGACAUAAUACCAUUCAAUGGCAAUACCAUAGAAAGGACCAAAGAAUUGUGCAGCAAUGCUUCUGAUCAUGGUUCAGAAGAUACUUUUAUUAGUUUAGGUACUAAAAUAAAAACAAAAGCUCAGUUAGCACCUAAAAAUAAAACAACAAAUACAAAAGCGCUUAAAUAUAGGAACAUAGCUAAAAGAGGACGUAAGAUAAUGGAGCAUGCAACUAAUGAUAAUAGACUGAACCAAAAUUACGGCUUGGAAAUAACUAUUACUGAACGGUCACCAUGUAGAAAAAAUGAAUUACUUCAUCACAGAAGUGCAUCUCCCUCAUUUAAACCAAGUUCAUAUGAAUCAUAUUUUGUUUCUUUUGACGAUGACUAUGAGUGCCCCCAAGAUAAUGAAACUAAUGAAACUUAUAAAGAACUUGAUUCUGAUAACAUGCAGUUAGAUGUAGAAAAAGCUAUAGAUAUAUACUCCCACCGAUUAAAUUUAACAAAGCAGCAAUUGUCAUUGGUGGAAGAAGAGUCCACUCAGGAUCUUGAAAGUAUUCCAUCUCAAAACUUAUCCAAUGCACCACAAGAUUCCUUGUAUAAUAAGAAUCUUAUAGCAAAUAACAAUGAAGAAAAAGAUGAUGAUUAUUUAAAAAACUUGCAAAAUUUCUCCUAUGAAUCUAGAACAUACGGAAGCUUUUAUGAUGACUUUAAUCUUGCCAAGGACUAUUCACUUAAAACAAAGUUCUCUAGUACUGUUAUACACACUGAUUCUUCUUCGAAAGAUUCAGGUUACCCUGACAGUGCUAUCAAGGAGGAUGGAAUGUAUCAAAACUUUUCGCUACCUUCCUCAUCGUUACUAAAGAAAUCUAAUUCCGAUAAUAAAUUGAACGAUCAACCAAAAAGCUUAGAUAGCGCAUCUAGUACAAGUAAUGAAAAAGAUUAUCAUAAAACCUAUCCGCUUCAUAAAAAAUGGACAGAACCUCUCAAUCAUAGCCGUUUAUUGUACAAGGAUUUUUUUUUGAAAACAGAAGGUCAUUUAGCUUUACCCCCUCAAAACUCCCCCGAUAGUAUGCAUACAACAUCUAAUCAAAAUGAAAAUAAAACUACUAUUGUUAAAUUAGAUGAUAAAGAUGAGAAUUGCGAGUAUCCAAAUUAUUUACGUAAUAGUAGUGCUAAAGCAUAUACUUCUAAAGUCAUUGAAGAUUACAAAAGGGAAAUAGAAGCUAUUAAUAAUUUACAUGAUCUAACGAUAAAAGAUAUAAAGACUGAUCCUAUAUCGACAACUCCGCUAAAUGUUGACGUAAUGCUCGAAAACCCUAAAGAAACUUUUGAAGAAAAAGAUGAAUCAAUUGAAAUUUCUCACAAGAGUUCCGAUAUCAGUGAUUUACCUCAAGAUAACAAAAAUUCUUUACAUAAUAAUAAAACUGAUAUAACGAAAGUAACCACUAAGGAACUGAUACAGAAUUAUUUCAAAGUAAAAAAUGAUUACCCUAAAUCUACCAAAGACACAGUUAUAAAAAAUCUUAAAAAGUUUGAGAAGAAAAUAAAUAAUUUUAAUAAUAAAUCGGGGUUUAAAUUUGAUUGGAAGAAUGAUAGAAACAAUGUAGCUAAAACUGUACAAGAUAGUUUAAAGCACCAAUCUCCAAAAACUAUUUACACAACCAAACUUCCUCUAAGUGCUCGAAUAGAAAGUGUUCAAAAUGACAAAGAUGUCGAUUCCUGGAUGUCUUUAGCAGUAACAUCUCCAAAAGUUGCUAAUGUAGUGUGCACUGAAAAUGUAGAAAUUACAAAGGUUGCUGAUGUUGCCUGCGCUGAAACUUCAGAAAUUAGCGAAACACUUAAGCCAACUACGACUGAUACAAGUUCUGUAAGUGAAGGAAAGGCAAUACCCGUUGCUAAUGUUGGAACAGAACAGUCCACCAAAGCAAGAGACUUAGAUUCAAAAUCAACUGUAUUAGAUAUAUAUUCAAUGCUAAAAGAAAUAGAAAGCUAUGGAGAUAAUCCAGUAACUGUUCCUAAUGUGGAAGAACUAAAAAUGGAAGAAGUAAAAGAGGGGAGAUCUACACCAAAAGACAAUUUUAUGGAAAUCUUUGAGUUUUUGGAGAAGGUCGAACAGAGUGCAAACGAUGCAUUAUCCGUCAUUACGAACUCUACACCACAAACUACACCAAAGCUUGAAGUACUUUUAAAGCUACCACAAACGGAGUUAGCACAAAGACUGGUGACUGCUUCACUUCAGCUAGAAGAGCGUUCCUGCUGUAUCGCACUAUUGCAGGAAAGUCUUGCUAACCAUAAACAGCAGAUGAUCUCAAAAGUAAGCAAUUUAGAAAAGCAGUCGCAACGGAACAUUAUGAAAGUGAAGCAAGAUUGCGAGGAAACCAUCAAACGACAUCAAAAUUUUAUAGACCAGCUAAUAAAUGACAAGAAGACGUUGAACCAUCGUAUAGAGCAGUUAGUGGACGAAAGACGAGCGCUAGAAGAACGUUGGAAGAGGUCCGUGCAGACACUCGAGGAACGGUACAAACUGGAACUGCGCAACCAACACGACAAGAUGGCUGCCGCGCAACAGGUAGCUAAACAACGCUGGGUCCGGCAGAAGGCUGAAAAAAUAAAGGAGCUAACUGUCAAAGGUCUGGAAAGCGAACUUCGAGAAAUGGCUGAUCGUCAGCAGAAAGAAAUAUCAGAUUUGAAAAUGGCGCACGCUGAACAAAUGGGCAAGGCUCAGGCAAAGCACGCGAACGAACUGGAGGAGCUGAGAAGGACAUUAGAGCAGGAAAAAGAAGACUCACUGGUGAAAGAGAGACAGUUAGCCAGCUCCAGACUGGAGAAGCAGAUUUUAGAAAUAGAGAGAACGUAUCAAGAACAGCGGACGCGGCUCGUGAGCGAACUGCGAGCGGAGAGCGAGCGCGCCGCUCAACAACUGAGCGAGCGCGAGCAACAACAACGCGCCACCAUGGAAAAAUGGAAGGAAGAACAGGAGAAAUUGCUUGAAGAAAGACGAGCGCAAUUAGAUAAGGAUAUAGCUGCAGAGAAGGCAAAACUUGAGGAACAAUUGAAAGAAAAAUGCGCUGAGCUAGAGGAAGAAUUUGAAAAGCAUAAAAAGGAGUUCGAAGCGCAACAGCAAAUUAUAUUAAAGAAGAAAGUGGCAGAGAUAUCUGCGCAAUAUAAACUAGAGCGAGACAGAGAGAUAGAGAAAGCUAUAGAGAGUAUGGAGGCAGAAGCGCAAGCUGGAAGGAGAGAGCUGCAAGAUGCUUUGAGGAGAAACAAAGAACAGUACGAGAUGGAGCUGAGGGAGCUAGCGGAGACUGAGCAGGCAACACUGAAGCGAUACCAGGACGCUCAGGCGCGAGUGCGGCACACGGAGGACCGCUGCGCAGAGCUGGAGGUCGCCAUCGGCCAGCUCGAAACGAGAAAUAAAGUUCUGACAGAGAAAAACAUCCAAUUGGAAAACCGAGCGGAGGAGAUACGAGCAAGCUGCGAUGAAGCGUGGAAGAACAAAAUGGACGCCUUAAACAAAGAGCUGGAGGACACGAGGAUAAAACACGACGAGCAAAUGCAUCAGCUUUAUGCCAAAGUUAAAAUAGCAGUGGCUAGAAAAGACUCCACUAUACAAGCGCUGACGAGGGAGAACGCUAAAUAUCAGGAGAAGGUCACGCUACUGGAGCAGAAGUUGCAGCAGCAGAGGAAGGACUUUUUGAAACAGAAGUAA